AUGCACCGAGUACAGAAGACGAUCCCAGACACAAAGAUCCCAGAGACGAUCCCAGCAGAGACGAUCCCAGAGACAAAGAUCCCAGAGACAAAUAUCUUAGAGACGAUCCCAGAGACACAGAUCCCAGGAGACUCGAUCCCAGAGACGAUCCUAGACACAAAGAUCCCAGAGACAAAUAUCCCAGAGAAGAUCCCAGCAGAGACGAUCCCAGCGGACACGAUCCCAGGAGACUCGAUCCCAGACACGAUCCCAGCAGAGACGAUCCCAGAGACAAAUAUCCCAGAGACAAAGAUCCCAGCAGAGACGAUCCCAGCAGAGACGAUCCCAGCAGAGACGAUCCCAGAGACAAAGUUCCCAGAGACGACCCCACACUCGAUCCCAGGAGACUCGAUCCCAGCAGAGACGAUCCCAGCAGAGACGAUCCACGGCCAUCUUAUAUAUUACACACGGGAGACGACCCCACACUCGAUCCCAGACACAAUCCCAGAGACGACCCCACACUCGAUCCCAGAGACGAUCCCAUAUACUAAGAUCCCAGAUACAAAGAUCCCAGAGACGACCCCACACUCGAUCCCAGACACGAUCCCAGACACAAAGAUCCCAGCAGAGACGAUCCCAGCAGAGACGAUCCCAGCGGACACGAUCCCAGGAGACUCGAUCCCAGAGACGAUCCCAGCAGAGACGAUCCCAGAGACAAAUAUCCCAGAGACAAAGAUCCCAGCAGAGACGAUCCCAGCAGACACGAUCCCAGCAGAGACGAUCCCAGAGACGACCCCACACUCGAUCCCAGGAGACUCGAUCCCAGCAGAGACGAUCCCAGCAGAGACGAUCCCAGGAGGAGUCUCAGAGCCGGCUGCAGAGCCAUCACAACUCGAUCCCAGAGACGAUCCCAGAGGAGACGAUCCCAGAUAG